AGAGCAGGGGAUUCCCCGAGGGAAGUUCCCAACUCCAAAGGGCUAUGUAAAACACAGUGUGCCAUAUCCUCUCUAGCGCUCGCUAACUUUGCAUCUCAGUGUUAAGCGGCGCCGCUGCGGUGGUGUCAAAACAACAAACUUCAAAAAGCAACUCGAAUGAAGGUAAAGGAAGGCUCGUUCUGGCCGUUUUUCACUCGCCUUGUUGGUUUUUUGGGGUGCCUCCAUUCCCAGUGUAGCUGUCAGUUCGAAGAACACGGAACUACUACCCGGAGAACUUUUUCAUGACACUUUGAAGUGAACCUCCUCUUCCUCGGGAGGACUUGGGUGCUGCUGCUGCUGCUGUGGUGAGGCGUCCCUGGCAGAUGAGUGGGACUCACAAUUAUGGACGUCGCCUGAAUAAUUGAUGAAGAGCUCAUAAGGAAGACUGCCUCAUCCUCCUCAGUUUUGUAAUGCAGCCGCUCAAAACGUCUGUUGCAACAGGCUCAUGUCUGCUGUGUCAGUGAUGAUCCUGGGGCACGCGGCAUGGAUAGGAACAUUGGGGACCAGCUCAACAAAGCUUUUGAAGCUUAUCGCCAGGUCUCCAUCGAAAAGGACAAUGCUAAAAAGGAGUUACAGAAAAUGUCAGAAUAUUACGAGCGAUACACUCAAGGACUUCAAAAGAAGAUAGAGGACCAGCAGAGGCAGAUCUCUGAACUUACAGCUAAACUCUCAGCAAUGAGGCAGCCCUCAGGAGAGAUGAAAUGUGAGCCUUGCAACCAACUCCUGGAAGGGGCCAGCACUUACAAAACAGUGCAGUUCCCGGAGAAAAUUGGCUCUGUAGCUGUUGCUCCUAAUUUACCAGUCAGCGGCAGCGUUGAUUAUCAGGAGAUGCUCGAAGCAUUUGAGGCCGUUCAAGGCAAAUUCCGACAGAUCCGGUCUCUCACCAGAAGGCAAAAAGACCACCUGAAAAGAUUCCAUGGAGGAAGCGAGGCGUCAAACGAUCAGCGGUUCUCCAUGCCCAUCCAGUGCACAGACCGAACCGCAGAGGCAGAAAGAGCCUUCCCCUCAGCUUUAAGGUCUGACAUCCCUCACCUGCACCCAUCUCUGGCGUCCCGUGGCGCCAACCAGGAGGAGCGGGACUUGGUAGACUCUCUCACCAAACUCAGUGUCAAAUUCCCACCCUCAGCAGACAGUGAAUACGACUUCCUAAACAGUUCUCCGGAUAGAAAGAUUGGGCUGGCUAUGCCCAUGGAGCGGCCUCUGGGGAGCGUCUCUCCAACACUGACAGAGGAGGAGCCUGUGGAACUGCCCAUACCUUUUGUCUACCAAACAUCCCCCACCCACUCAGCAUCAUCCUCACCCUCCCAGGAGAGCGUGCGGGGACCCCAGCAGCCUCUCUGGAGCCCCGAGCUGUGUGAUGCAGUUGAUGUGAGGGCGGAGCUGGCGACAGCUUCAAGCAGCAGCAGCAGCAGCAGCAGCAGCCCGGAUAAAUGCGCUUUCUGCCAUGCCGUGGUUCCUCAGGACCGAAUGAACAGCCACCUCUACUCGCACUGCUCCCCUAAAACUGAGGCUGACAAUUGACAGCGGAAGAGGCGAGCGACUGGCAAAGCUCCCAGCCACUUCCAGACUUUGACUGUCGUUCAUGGCCGAGACCCGCCCGCCGUGAAGUCCGAGCGCUGUACAGGAUUUGACACUUCAACAAGACUUGAAUGCAUUUAUUUAAUAUAAAAAAGUAAAUAAAGUGGUACACUUUCUUGACCUUAAUGAUUUUCAAAAAAUACAAAAAAUUGUUUCAAUGGUCCAAACACACGCACUCAUAUUUAUUUAUAUUCUUUUCUUUUAAAGAAUCAUUAAUUAAAGGUAACGUAAAGAUUUACACACACACACUUAAAAUGUAGACUCAAAGAAUGACCAUAUGUUAGGUACUCCGAAUGCCAACAGUAACCCAUUAUUCAGUAAGAGAGCAGAUGCUUUGCUGUGAGUGAAGUUAUAGCCUUAUCAUUUGCAGCAUUAAGCAGCAUUUAGGUUGACUAAUUUAUUUAAAUAGCUAUGGGAAGAUAAGUGGUACAGCUCGCAAUUAGUACAGUCGACGUGUGCCAGCUUUAAAUUAUAUAUCCUACAAAAAUGAUGGAAAUCUAUAACAGACUUGAAGUGUUCGGCACUAAACAGUAAAGCAGUGCUAACCGUGGUUUGUAAAUUGGCUGUACACUGUGAAAAGUACACAUUUUUGCAGUCUGUGAGCCACCUGUCAAUUGACUAAACCUAAUUUUUACUUCUUUUUUUUUUCUUUUUAAACCAACGGCGCUAGCUAUUGUUUUUUUCUUCGUUUAUUCACACUUUCACAGAAAUGGCGGAGACUUUCACCACUCUGAAGAUGUUAAAGGAAGCGGGGAAUCUCUGUGUUGGAACACUGUUGUGCAUUGGGGGCCUUGCAGACCUCCGGCUCGAGUUUGGUAACACUUGCACUGGCUAGAUGAGCUGGUGUGAACGUUGCAAACAAAUGAUUAUUAUUUUUUUCACAAUUACUGACUAUUAGAAGACACUUUUAACAAUCAAAUGUAAUGAAUUGAUUUGUUAUUUCAAGUUGAAGGAGUUUUUCUUUGUCUUAUAGCUUUCCCCCUGCAUGUUUCAAACAGCUCAGAAGUGUCUUGGAAUAUGUGAUAACGCAAUCAACUAUUCUCAACCAAUGAGUCAUUAGACUAACACGCAGGAUUCAAACACAACACAUCAUCUGCACAGCAGAAAAGAGUGAAAAUACACGCCAUUUGGUGUACAUGCGAAGGUGACUACUACAUAUUGAUGUAUUGUAACGUGUCAAACAAAAAUGUGUGUUUAUUUUGGAUUGACAUGAACCACAUAAGUCUACGUUUUGCAUCAAAUCAUGAACACUAGGGGGAAAAAAUGAUACGCAAUUUUUUUUACAUUUUUGAUUUUGGCAGAUAGAUAUCCCUAAUGAUCCUGUCUGCUUAAUCUGUGAACAGUUGAACAUUGUGCAGCCUGCAUGCUUUUCUCUCUGGGAUCAUGAACAGCUGCUCGCUCAUAAUUAUGUUGUCAUUGGUUGUUAUUUGGAAGAGGAAUCUCAUGCUGACAGCUAGAAUUUUUUUAUGUAUUUCCUUACGCUACAUUCAUUCACUUCUGUAGUGGAAACUGGAACUGCACAUUACCUUUGCUGUCUUUUUUUGUAAAAAAAAAAAAAUCAGCUUUCUUCUUGGGACAUUUCGGGCGACCAGAUUUGAAAUAUAUUUAAAAGCAAUAUAAAAAUCUAAGGUGGGACCCAAAAAAAAAA